AUGGAAAACCAAUUAAGAUCUGCAUCCGAGAAUCAUGCGAUCAGUUCUCUUUCUUCAUCUGCUGUAAAUAGCGGUGAUCAUUAUUAUUCAACAGAAAACAACAACAGUAAAAACCUGGCAUCAUCAUCCAAUAGUACUGCAAUAACUGCAAGUGCAGUUGUAGCUAAAACACAUUCUAUGCCUAGCAAUGAUCGCCGUGUUGAACACUGUCAUAAAUUAUUAAUUGAUGGUGAUGUUCAAGUGUGUCGCAUACGUCGUGCGAGAAAUAGUAUAGAAAAACUACAAUUAUUUCACCGUUGGGAAAAUCAUCAUAUUAAUCUUGAUCAGAAUGGAAUAACUACAACAACAAAUGAAAAAUAUAUGGAUAAAUUGAUAGCUUAUUCAGUCAUCGAAGAUAUAUCUGUAUAUUCGAAAACCAAAGUAAUCAAUUGGCAUCAUCGAUUUUGUAUAAGAAUUGAUACGAAUCAUUAUAUUUAUUUUUUUCGAGUUAAUAAACUUGAUUUUAGAGACCAAUUAUUCUAUUCAAUACGAUGGAAACUAAAUAAAGUAAAAUUUGAACAUAGUUUACGUUCAGCUAAUAAUCUAGAAGUAUUGUUAAAAGAAAUUACAAAUAUGAUCGAUUUUACAAUGACAAUACCUAUUGAAGAUGUUGAAGUUCAUCAGUUUCCACUUGAAAUUAUUUCUGAUAUUCUGCAACAACAAGAAUUUGAUUCAUCACGUUUUGUCCAUGAGAAUGUGAUUGAAGCAUUAGCACCAUUACUUGAAAAAAAUUAUCCAUCACCAGAGAUAUGUGAUUUUUUUAGUCUACAUUGUCGUAAUAGUCCACGCUCUCAUAUUGUAAUUGAAAUGUUUACACCGGCUGUUGAGAAAAUUUUAAAACAUAAUACAGAUUUUAGUAAACGUCCAAGAUUGAGAAUACUUGUUCAAGAAUAUAUACUUGCGCUUAAUUCUCAACCGGAUGGUUUAGGCAUUGUAGAAGAUUUUAUUAAACGGAUGCAUGGUCCUACAAUGGUUUGUCCAUUUCUGCGUGUUCUCUCAAACUUAAUUUCUGUUUGUCUUGCUGGAAUUAAUAAUUUUUUUGAAGAUCGAAAAAAGUUUCGCUUAGAAGAUGAAGCAAUUUAUCGAGCACAUGAAGAAAAAUCGGAAAGUCAAUUAGUAUGUUAUACGACAAUUUUGAAAAUAAUAUCCACAUUUUACGACUGGCGACGUCAUUUUGGUUUAGUUCUACAACCCGUUCCUUUUCAAUAUGAAGCAUUAAGAUAUGAGCGUUUUAUGGAAAUAUUUAAAAAUGUUGUUAAAAACUUAGUUGAAGAUACACGAUGUGAAGUUCAUCGAACAGUGUUAGGUAUUCGUGAAGGUAAAAAUGGAUGGUUUGAAAUGUUUUGUUUGGGUGGUAUUCUUUGUGAUGAUGAUGGUAAAAUGUUUUCACUAAUGCUCAAUAGAUUAAUUUUAUGUUGUUGUCGAAGAAAACGUUUUUUAUUAAGUAUUAACAAAUUAUUACCAUCUUUAAUGUUACUUGCAUUAAAUGAAAAUCAAAGUUCAUUAGAUACUUUAUGUGCAAUGCUUGAUUUGGAUGCAGUUGAAAAUAAUGAUAAUAAAUUACAAUUAAUAUCAACAUUGAAAUCGACGCCAAGUGGGUUAAAAAUGUAUGCAAAAGUAUGCGAAAGACAGAGAGCAUUACAAGCAUUACAACAGAAAGGUGGACCAAGGGAACUAACAUUGCCGUCACGUUCAACUGAUGAUGAUUUAGCAAGAUUAUUAUCAACAGGCCCAUUUGGUAAUCUUGAAUCUCUAAGUUUAGCAUUUACGAAUGUCACAAGCGCUUGUGCUGAACAUUUAAUCAAAUUACCAGCAUUGAAAAAUUUAAAUUUAUGGUCAACACGAUUUGGUGAUGUUGGUUUAGAAUUAAUUUCCGAACAUUUAAAUCAAUUAGAAGAACUUAAUUUAUGCGAAACACCAGUGACGGAUAAAGGUCUUACUUAUUUAGCAUACAUGACAAUGUUACGAAAACUUAAUUUAAAUUCAACACAUUUAUCUCUUUUAGCGAUUAAAGCUUUAAAAGAAAAAUUACCAGCUUUAGAAGAAUGUGAUAUACGAUAUACAGAGGCUUGGUAG